GGCUUUCGGUCAUGCAUCCGCACCAGAUCACGUUUCAACACGGCGUGGGACACAGCUCCUACGUUUCAUUAGCCAGCUUAUAGAAAAGGUCCUCGAUAUAUUGGUAACGAAUCAAAUAUAUCUUUCCUGCCUCUUCUCGUCUGACUUCUGAUUUCUAUCUGACUGGGAACGACCGAACAUAGAAGGUGCUACUGGUAUCCAGUUGUAAAACUAGAAUAUCCGUUGCAUCUUCAUGGUGAUCCAUUGCUACUACUCACGUAAGCCCGUUAAGCGAAAGCUUCUUCUACUCCGUCCACGAUCAUUUGAACCAUUUAAACAAAAUCUUCUUCUGUUCCGUCCAGAAUCAUUUAAAAGCCAUUUGAUGGAUAUUGGAUAGUAAAUGUGUGAGAUUUCAAGUCAAGGUCACUGAAAACCGUUUUGUGACUUAUAGGGUUAUUAGCCAGCUAUGUUUCGUUUGAAAUGUGCUUUUCAAGUAUAUGAUUGGGGUAAAAUUGGAGUAAACAGUGAGGUGUACAAGCUAUUGAGUCAAACCCAAGAGCUAGAUAACUUGAAGCCAUAUGCAGAGCUAUGGAUGGGGACUCAUGUUUCUGGACCGUCUUUCAUGAUGGAUAGUCCUUCAGUUUCUCUUGACGCUUAUAUUUCAAGAAAUCCACACUGUUUAGGUUCCACAGUGUGUGAAAGAUUUGGCAAGGCUUUACCUUUUCUGUUCAAAGUUCUUUCUGUGCGAAAGGCGUUAUCUAUCCAGGCUCAUCCAGACAAGGAGUAUGCUGCUAAGUUACAUGCUAAUAGACCUGACCUAUACAAAGAUGCUAAUCACAAACCGGAAAUAGCUAUCGCUUUAACACCUUUCGAGGCAAUGGUUGGUUUCAGACCACCCGAAGAAAUUGGUGCCUUUGCGAAACAUAUUCCAGAACUUCAUGCCAUUAUUGGUUCAGAUUUUACAAAUGGCUUGUUAAAUAUUUUCACAGUAGACAAAACGCUUACUUCUUCAUCAGUUAAAGCCGCCUAUUCUCGUUUAAUGAAUGCCGAUUCCAGUGUUGUCAGUAAUUUAGUGGAAGCUUUGAAAAGACGUCUGACUAAUGGUGAAAAGAUAAUUAUCCCACCUUUUAAAAAUUAUAUUCUUGAUACAGAAACUCUUGGUGAGGUAUUCAUUCGUUUAGCAACAGAUUACCCUGGAGAUGUUGGCUGUUUUAGUUUGUUCUUUUUUAAUUAUUUAAAACUCAGUCCAGGAGAAGCAAUUUUUCUUGAACCUAAUUUACCACAUGCUUAUUUAUCCGGUGAUUGUGUGGAAUGUAUGGCUUCUUCGGAUAAUGUAAUUCGUGCCGGUUUAACACCGAAAUUCAAAGAUGUGGAUCAUCUGCUUCGAAUUAUUCAAUAUGAACCUCGAUGGGGAUCAGCAUUGAAGUUUGUUGGUCAGACGAAAAAAAUUGUACCAAUCAAUUCAGAUAUGCAUACUAGUGAUGAUCAAGAAAAUAAACCAAUUGAAUAUGAUACAUCAGUUAUGUCUGAAAUCGUGACAUUUUCUCCUCCAGUUGAUGAUUUUGCUGUGGAUAAAAUCUCAAUAUCGGACAAGGAUAAAAUAGUUCAGUUUUCACCAUUGAAAUCUGCUAGCGUUUUGAUCAUUAUCCGUGGAAAAGGCACGUUACAGCGUUUACACUGGGAUACUUUAUCCACUUCUAACACAAAGCUAGACAAUGAUAGAUCAAAAUAUGUAGAUAAUUAUCCAAUGCCUCCCGCGUUUGUCUGUGAAUCUUUGUUGAGUAAGCACAUAGAAUCCUUAUGACUGUUGAAAACAAGAAAUGCCAUCAAUAUAUAGACAAUAAAGUGCAGUUUUUUCGACUGAGUGCUUAAGCUUCAAAUCUUCCAGGUUCCUCAUAAGUAUAUCAGCCGGAAUCGUAUCCAGGAGGCUACCCGUGGAGACUAUCAAUUAUGUGGUACAACAUACUACUGAACCGGUAGUGUGUAAUCUUGGUAUACAUGGACAUGAACUGUUUUAAUUAAUUAAAUGGGAAAAGAAUGAGUUCAGGAUAUUGACAUACAAUUUCAGCCGUUUCUUCCAGAGGGAAAAUUGUGAAGAGAUGAGACGUCGAAAGAUACCAUAAAUUUAACGAAAACAUUUAGCUGUCAAGCUUCUGUACAAAUGCGAAACUAUCCUUCAGACUGUAAGGAGCUAAUUUUUUUGCAGAUUGGUUCUAAACACCUUGUGAUCGAGGAGGCAAGUUUGUGGAAAGAUGGAUAACCAUUUCUGGUGAGUAGCUGUUGAAGUUGAAGUAGUUCGUCACUAGAAGAUAUUCGCCUGAUCCUUGACGAUAAAGAGUGCAUUAAGUUUAUCUUUCUACUCAAUGGGACCCAGCUACAGAAAUUCGUAUACUGACCAUUCCAGGUAGGUUUUCUAUUUUUUAUAGAUCUCCGUAAAAAACCGUCUGACCUUUUCGACGAGACAUCGAGAAAAUGAAAUUCCCUAUUGCUCUCAGCUUCCAAUGUGAAUUGAAUUGUAUAUGACAAUUAUUGAAUCGAUUCAAAAUUUCAUUGAUGUCCAUAUACUCUUCACAAAUAAUGAAGGUAUCAUCCAUAUAAUCUAUUAUAUAGGUGAAAUCUUCCAACUAUUGAUCAAAAUACAGUAUUUUUCAGCUUGGCCAUGAAACAAUCAGCCAACAGGGGCCUAGUGGUGAACCCAUCGCAACUCCCUCGGUUUGUCUAUAGAAAUCAUUAUUAAUUCUGAAUUGCACACUGAGAGUACAUCAUAGAAGUAGCUCAUUCAGAUAUUUUGGGAUGCAAAUAUCAAGGUUAUUUUUAAUAUAGUCACAUAAAAAAUGUAGUUUCUGGGAGUGAAAUAUUUGUAAAGAAAAAGUUAUAUCCAAUUAAAUUAUUCAUAUUGAUAUUUCUAAUUGAGUCGACAAAGUCAAAUGAAUAGAGUUGAAUCUACUGAUGUGAUUCCUGAUGGGUUGUAAAAUUUCAUCUAACCAUUUAGCAAUCAAAUGGUACGGAGAGUUGUUCAUAUCAAGUGUAGGACGUAGGGGAACAUUCUUAUGAACUUUCGGGAGUCCGUAUAGACUCAGUAUACUUGAACCUGAUGGCUUAAGAUGUUCAUAGAAGUCACAAUUGAUAAUAAACUCAUCUUCUUUAGGAUUUAGUUGACAUCUGUUCUAUUUUCUCGGUCGCAUCUUUUUGAAAGGUUUCUUUAGAGCGUCUGACAGCAUCAGAUAAUAUUGAGGAUAGAUUGGUGACAUAGUCAUGACGAUCCAUAAGGAUGAUUCCUGUACCCCUAUCUGGGCUACACAGCACUAAAUCCUGAUUUCUCAGAAGAUCGAAUAAUUGAGACUUAUGUUCUCUUGUGAGUAGCUAUUUAGUUGUAGGUAUUGUAUUUAAAUAUUGAUUACAGCAAUCUACAAGAGUUUUUCCGAAAUGUUCAUAACCCUUAUUAGAUACGGGAGUAAAGUCACCUGUCUGACGAAUGAGGCUUUCAUACACGGUUUUAGCGUCGCAUUCAUUAGUAUUAAUCGACGUACUACAGAAUUUAGGACCAAGUAAUAAUGCUUGUAGCCGAAUAAUCUGUAAUGUUAUACUAGAGUAAUUGACCUAUAUGUUUUUCUUUUUUUCUUCAUAUCUGUUAAGCGAACAAUUAACUUUCGUAAUGCUGAGCCGCCAAUUGUUUUAAACCUCUUAUUCUUCUCUGAUCCACUGAUUAUUACGCGACCUCAUUUGAUAUUAAGAGUCUUCAAUCACUUUAUCAUGCAAUCUUUUCUAUACUUCUAUAGACAUACAUUUGCUGUACGAUUAUACGAAUGUACAGCUUCAGUAAAUGAUUUCAUCCAAUAGAAAAUCUUGGCUGAAUUCUCUUCAUUUUUUUGGUGAAAUAUGAGAAAUAGUAACGAGAUUAUUGAAGCCCUUUGAGCUAGGUAUGAUAGAUAAACCAAUAAAAUCACUUCGAUGGAUCUUGUGCGAAACGAGGGAUGAAACAACAAAAGAAAAACCGAACAUAACCUACGAAAUAAACUUUUCCAAUUGCAAUAAACUAUAUCAGACAAAGAGCACACCCUCUUUAUUUCCGAUCGUAUUAACAUUAAAUAGCGGUCAAUCGCGAUAUCUUUGGUUAUAUAAAUGUAAAUAGACAAUUUCGGAAACAUAUUUGACUGGGAGAUUGUUGAAAUCUUGGAUAGAGAGAAUACUAGAAACACUAGAGAAUUUUUAGAAGCUUGACACUCAGUUCUAUCAACAACAUAUUAAAAUUGAUUCGAGUUAUCAACCAGUCAGAAAAAUCAUAGACAAAUGUAGAACCAAGAAUCAGGUCAGAGGGAGAUACAAUCAAAAUAAAGAGGUUGAUAAUGACAGGUUAGACCUCAACACCAACCCAUCAAGAUCGAGAUCGAAGGGGCACGCUUUUAGUCAUAAAUGUAGAAAGUCGAGUACUUAACUUCUACCUGAAGUUUGUGUUGAUGAUGUUGCUCAGAAUAACAGUGAAAGCUCCGUGACCAAAACAUCCUACUCAGAAAAUGAAACUUUACCAAAAUCAUUAACAUGAGCUACAAAUCUUUUAUAUCAUCUAAAAAUCAUGUGGAAAUAUAUUGAACUUAGUAUAUUCAUUCCUAAGUCACACAAAACAUUUUAAUUUGUAACCAUGUGGUGAAAUAUUCGACACUCUUGGAGGAUACAUUUUUUAUGAAUAAUGAUUAGAAAUCAGAGCAGCUAACUGAUGUGCUCUUAUAUAAAAUAUUUUCAAUUUUCAUUGACAAAUCUUUAACGGAUAAAGAAACAGGAUUCUAUUUUAUAACAAUAAUCCAUAUUAAAAAUGAGUUAACA